AUGACUACCCCGACGCUGAUCAACCUACCACCUCCGCCCUCAGACCCGGUGACUCCAUCAGAUAUGGGCCCGGGUACUCCCAAUUCCGGACUAUCAGCCCUUUCGACCACAGCUAUCAAAGAUGGACACCAAGGCCAUCCAUUUCCUCACGACCGACAUGCCCACCAGUCUUCGUCCGCUUCAACCUCCUCAACAACGACACUAGAAGCCGAGCGCGCCGACCGCAUCUCUCGCCUCGCGGGCUUGGAACGGGUCGCAACCGCUCGCGCCGGCGGCCAUUCCACCGCAAAUGCAGCCGUUCCUCCCUCGCACACUCCGGGCUACUUCGAUAGCCCGGCUACGCUGAAAGAGCGCAGUACGGUCGGCAGCGCCAGUGCCACGGGCAGUAUUGGCGGACACACCACUUGGGCGAGCGGUAGCGAUGCCUUUGACGCUGAUAAGAUGAGCGAAGACCCGGAUCACGACGAUGCAAUCUCAAACGUAAGCACGAGUAACAUCAGCGAUGAGGGAAAUGCCAGUCUCGUGGGCUUCGGUGAGGGCGCCAAUAGUACUAUCAGUGGACCGACCUCUCGGCCUCCGGGCUUGAACCGCUUGUCUUCGGGUGGCCCCAACCGGCCUACUUCCAUGAGCUCGAACGUCAGUCGCACGAACCCGCUGGCUUCGUACCUGCAGCAACAACAGCAGCACAUCGGCGAUAGUCCAAUGAUGUCGCCUUCUCCGGCUGGAUCGAAUACUCCCGAACCUAUGCCUGAGGAUGCGCGUAUGGUUGAUGGGAUGACCUUUGAUUCGAAUGUGGUUGAUACUACGGUCCGUACGCCUCGUCUGGCCUCUCCUUCAAAUCACAGUGGCAGUGGCUCUGAAACUCCGAGUCGUGAAUAG